AAUCACAAAACCUCCAAAAAAAUGGAUUCUCCUCUCCACCGCCGCGCCGCAUCGCCGGAGAGCUGCGCCGCCACUGAUGGUCCGGCGGUGACAAACCCUCCGGAGGCAUCAAGCAGCCGCACAAUCGACGGCCCGCAAUCGACAGCAAGAAGGAAGAUUAAGAAUAAGAAGAAGAAGAAACAAACAGUAGUUUCGGACAAUGCAUCAUUAGAUUCUUCGAGUAAUUGUAGCUCUGCGGCGUCGCAUCCGAAAAAGGGCAUCAAAAUUCCCAGAUUUUCCAAGCGAAUUCGAGUCGGGCCGCUGACUGCGGGCCCGAAAAAUGUCGGGCUGAGUGAUGUUGACGCCCUCGGCCUUCCUCUUGGAAUGUCGAUUGCCGUUGUAGUCGCUCAGGUCUUGGAGAAGAAAAAUGCAUCUGGAAAAAAUAUGUCGGUGGAUUAUCUUUCUGCGAUCUGUGGUCUGGCUGUGAAGGAAUCUCUAGGAAAUGUUUUUGGGGACAAAUUUAAUAAUUUUGUGACGAACUUUGAGACAUCAUUUCGGAGUACAUUGAUGACUUGGCAGUUAGUCAGUGAUUCAUCUCAAGAUGAUGGUAUAAAACUCCGGCGAGCAAGGUCUGCAGGGUGCUCUUGCUCAGUGACAAGCAAUAUGACAUGUGGUAACACAUAUAAGGGUUCUGCACGUCCUCCUGAGGCUACAGAGGAAGAAUUAUGUGUGCGUGCAAAUAUCACCGAACAACAGCAAGGAUCUGAAUACCAAGGAAAUACCUGUGAAGCUGGGAACCUCUUGUCUGAUUGUAGAAUUGGUGACAUGUCAUGCCUUUCAUAUAAUGGAGAUGUCCCAGCGCCAUUUCCCCACAUAAAUAGCACUGACGGAGAAUGCCAUACUCACUCAGAAAUGAAUGAGAAUGAGAUGAAUAUGAUAAGUCAACAGCUUAUUCUGCCUGAUAAAAGAACUGAGCAGCAGUUAGCCUGUGCUUCUCCAAGCCAUAGGUCCUUUUCUAUGCUAAGCACGAUUGAAAAAUCGGUCAAGGAGCAGACUCGCUCUAAUGAGCUAAAGACAUUUGAGAUUGGUCUUAUCAUGAAAAAAUUGCAGCUUAAGGAAAGACAAUUAGAGCUGAAUUCUAAUGCCAAUAUUCUCGAGAGAUGGAAAUUAUCAAUGGGUAUCUCAAAGGCUUCUUUCAAAGCUGAAAAGUUCAAAACUGAGAUGCAAGAUACAAGACAAGUGGAGCUACUCAAGAAGUGCUUAGAUUUUCUGGUUGGUGGUCUAAUCAUCAUGUUGUUCGCACUUGCAUAUGGAACAUAUGUCUACUCGCACCAAAGAAUUGUCGAAGCUACUGAAGCUUGCUCUCCCUACAUGGAGUCUAAAUCUUGGUGGAUGCCGAACGCAGUGUCAAGUUUCAACUCUGGCGUGCAGCUAUUGAGAUGUCAAGUUCAAGUUUUCAGUCGCAUGUUGUUUGGUGUGAUAAUGAUCGCGGCAAUUGCCUUCUUACUCAUUCAGAGAUCAUCGUCUUCUCAUCAGACAAUGCCGGUCACUUUCAUACUGUUGCUCUUAGGGGUGGGAUGUGGUUACGCAGGGAGGUUCUGCAUCGACACAUUGGGGGGCAGCGGAAAGCAUUGGUUAUUCUACUGGGAAGCCCUAUGCUUGCUGCAUUUCUUCUCCAACACAUUCCAUUCUACUUUGUAUAUUAUUCUCAAUGGGCCUAUCAUAGUUGCUGAAAGGAUCGACCACAAUCACGUGUUUCCUUACUGGAUGAGAAGAUCACUCUUCUAUGCUACGCUGCUAUUUCUCCCCUUGCUGUGUGGUUUCAUGCCCUUCGCGAGCCCUUCGGAUUGGUUUAAGCAUUUUACGUCGCAGGCGGUAGAUCUCUUGACAUUUGAAGAAGAUUGAUAGUUGCUCCAAGAGCAGAGCACAUAAAGCAGUGUUUUGUUGUAGAUUGGCCCUAUAUUAUUCCUGUCAACACCAUCAAUGUAUCAUAUAAUUUCUCCAACUAGGUGUUGUAGUAUUUUAUGUAACUGAGGAAGUGUAGAUUUGGUGAUAUACAUGCCAAAUUAAUUAUAACAAGAUUCCCACCUGUUUUGUGGAAUGUGGAGUUGUCUUGCCUUA